AUGGACAUAUUUUUGAUGAUGGCUUGGCGUGAUCCACGUUUGGUAAAUCCGUAUGAAAAAGCAAUACUAGUCAAAGAGGAAGAGAUUUUAGAAAAAAUUUGGCGUCCAGAUCCAUUUUUUGCUAAUGCUAAAGAAGCAUCAUUUCAUGAAGUUACCUUUCUUAAUUUCCUCAUGAGAAUUUAUAAUGAUGGCUUGGUGUUAUACGAAACCAGGAUUAAAUUAAAACCAUCUUGCAAUCUAAUAUUAUGUAAAUAUCCUUUUGCAAGUAUAUUCUCUAGAAUUGCAUACCCAAUAAAAACUGUACGAUUUGAAUGGUUUUCAAAUAAACGUGAUGCAAUUGACAAAAAUCCAGAAGUGGCAUUACCUGAAUUAUACAUUGAUCGCUAUGAACCUACUUAUUGCGAACGAACACGAAAAUCAGGUCAUUUUUCAUGCCUCAAAGCAGUCUUUCUAUUAAAACGUGAUGUUGGGUUUCACAUUGCUCAAACAUACAUUCCUACUUCACUAGCACUUAUGUUUUCAUGGGUAGGUGUAUGGUUGCCAGAAGAAUUCAUGGAAGGACGUAUUGGUGUGGCUAUAACUGUACUUCUAACGCUAUCAACAGAAUCCGCGGGUGCACGUGAACACCUUCCAAGCGUUUCUUACACAAAAGCCAUUGACUUAUGGUUUGGUUUUAUUACAGCCUUUGUCUUCAUUACUCUUCUUCAAACUCUUAUUGUUAUUGCACUGGACAAGCGAGCUAAUCAACUGAGGAAAUCGGCAGCAAAGAAAAGAAGUGAGCGAACAGAACAUUCACGUGAAAAGCUGAGAGCUAAGGCUGCACAAUACCAUAAACGAGGAAGGUAUUUGGACAAUUUUUGUCGUGUCCUUUACCCCUUAUCAUUCUUUACAUUUCUAACUGCGUAUUAUUUCGUAUUCACCGAAGGACAACAAGAUGACUGCAUUAAGGGGAACCGGCAAACUCGUAAUGUGAUAUCUUGA